AUGCGUGCUUUUCUGCGUAGAGCGGAUCAUGUAGGUUUUGUUAGACUAAUUGUAGGAAGAAGUUAUGCGUCAGUCGCCUCCAAACCGCCGCUCCAUCGUGCGGUAAUGGCUGCAGAAACGAUACGGUUUUUCGAUCCACAGCAUAACCAAGUGUUCAUAGAUAUGACGUUCGGAGCUGGUGGCCACUCCCGAGCCAUACUUGAGGCAGCUCCCGGGACAAAGAUAAUUGCUCUGGAUCGGGAUCCUCUCGCACACCAACUUGCGUAUGAAAUGGCCAAAGACUUUCCCGGCCGCAUCGUGCCGUUGUUAGGCAAAUUUUCCGAACUUCCAAGUCUUCUACGCUCCGUCGAGGGUUUUGACCGACAACGCUUUUUCGAUGGUAUACUGUUUGACUUCGGUUGUUCUUCGAUGCAGUUUGAUGAGGCGUCACGUGGCUUUUCGUUAGCGCACAACGGCCCACUCGACAUGCGUAUGGAUAAGGAUCGCUGUCCAGAUCAACUUUCGGCAGCGGACGUGCUUGCUCGUAUUCAGGAGCACGACCUCGCGCGAAUCCUUAAAGUGUACGGCGAAGAAAAGCAAGCGAAAAAGAUCGCACGCGCUAUCGUAAGUGCACGGUUUACGGUGAAACGCAUUGAAACGACGGGCGAACUAGCGAGCAUCGUUGCGCAUUGUCUCAGCCAAAGCGAUUCGGAAGGGAUGUUCGAUUUUCGACUAGACAAGCUACGGCGUCCUGCACAUGUCGCCACAAAGACGUUUCAGGCAUUGCGAAUUUUUGUAAACAAUGAGCUGAACGAAAUCAACUAUGGCUUAGUGCUGGCCAAGCAACUGUUACGAACUGGCGGUAAGCUGGUUACGAUAACCUUUCACUCGUUGGAGGACACAAUCGUCAAGCGUCAUCUGACGGGGCAUGUUGUGGACGACGUGGCCAGCAAAGUGCCAUUGCACUACAUUAGCCAUACGCUAGCUCACGCCACAGAAACGAUGCAGGAGACGAUGAAACAAAGCUGGAAGCAAAUCAACAAGCACGUCGUUGUCCCAUCGAAUGAUGAGGUGGCGGAUAAUCCACGAAGUCGUUCGGCAAAGCUUCGAGCGGCUGUACGAUUGGACUAAGCUGCUAUCGAAUACAAUUCUCCUAUAAAGAAAACAACAUUUUGUUUCAUACGAUGCAUGAUGAAAAUAAAGUCAUAUAAAACACGAAUGAU